UGUCAGACUGCAGGAAAACCGUGGAUGAUAUGAAGACCAUACUUCAAACCUGCAGAGGCUUCGAUAUACAAGCCUGGAUGAACUUCUACGACAGCUGGGCCGAGACGUACGAACAGGAUGUGGAAGUGUUGAGCUACAGAGCUCCACAACUGGCCGUAGAUUUCCUGGAUGCUAACUUCUGUGGGAUUCGUGAGGAGGUUCAGGUUCUGGAUGUUGCCUGUGGCUCAGGAUUGGUUGCUAAACUGAUGUCUGAAUUGGGAUUCAAACACUUUGUGGGAGUGGACGGCAGUAAAGGCAUGCUGGACCAAGCUGAAAAGAACGGCCUCUAUCGGGACCUCAAACUGGCUCUACUGGGACCAGAACCACUGCCUGCACAGAGGGGUGCGUUUGAUGUGGUGAUCCUGGUCGGUGCUCUAGAUGUUGAUUAUGCUCCAGUCAGUGUUGUCAGGGAGCUCUGCAGCGCCUCCAAACCAGGAGGUUUCAUCUGCAUGUCAAGAAAAAACCAUGUGGGAAAAAAGUCAGAAGAAUACAAGCAGGAUCUGGAGAGAGAACUGCAGCUGAUGGAGGAGGAAGGACUGUGGAGUCCAGUAGGAAUCAAACAGGAGGAAAGAUACAUGAUGGAUGUGACCGCACACUCUGAGGAGAAGUACGUCGGUGGGAAUGUUUAUCUCUACAAGAAAUCCGCUGAAUAACUCCCAUUUCUGAAAGUAUUGCAGCAUGCAACAGAAAGUUAAGGAAAAUCUUACACUGUUAAAGACCAUAUGGUUUUCUAUGUGAUUUUUGUAUAAAUGUGUUCAAAUGUUAAAAUAAUUUUUUUGCUCUACUCUUUGUUUCUGCAGUGCAUUGCAAGCAAAUUGUAAAUAUGAUAAUAAAAUAGAUCCCAUCCUGUAAAAGACAAAGUCCCUGAUUUGGGGGUAAUUACAUUCUAAAUACAGAGGUUUAAACAGAAAACAGAGCCUCCAGAUGGAAGGUGUAAAAUGUAAAAUGUUUUUUUUUUUUCUUCUUCAGUGUGUCAGAAUAUCAAUAAAUCACACAAAGUGCUG